AUGUCACACCCCAAACAAACAUUUCAAAAUACUGGUAAGUUCUCAUUCUUCUCUUGUGAUGUAAAUAAUAGUAAUUUAUUUUUUAUACUUCUUUACUCAGCUCCAAAAUAUUGGACCAUUGUUCAAACAUCAGAUUGGUUCGAAGAUUUCAAGAAAAAGAGACCAGCAGCAAAUGAUUCGAAAUACAAAGAGGGAUUCACCAAAAUUUUGUGUGAAGGUUCCCAACUUGUUCUUAUGUCCAAAGAAUCAUUCAUGUCGAAAUUAGAGGAUUUUGGAAUCGAUUUAUAUGAUAUUCUAACUCUUUUGAAAAAAGAAUCUUCUAAUACUGCUCCUGCUAUUCUAAUGUACCCAACUGGUAUGAGUCCAUCACUUGAACAACCUACUAGAUACCUUGAGGCUCUCCCACACACCUUCAUCAGAGAAGCAAAUACUGAUCAUUCAUCUAGAAGAGGUGAAGGAAUUCAUUUGGGAGAUUAUUCAGUUGUUGAUAGAAAUCAGAAAUUGGACAUACUGAUGAGCGACCUCAAGAAACACAAAGUGAUGGUUAUUCGAUGUCCUCCAGAGUCAGGAAAAACAUCUUUUUGCCAACUGUUAGAACACCGUGCCCAACAAACUUAUGAAAAAAUGGUUGUAAGAAGAGUUAGCAUGUCAUGGACAGGACCAAAGUCAUUGAAUGGAAUGACUGAAUUCGAUUCAUUUUGGACCUAUUUCACAGGAGAAACUCUCAAUGGGUUGAUUGUCGCUUCGAGAGAGCAACCCGUAUUGAUCAUCAUUGACGAAUGUCAAUUAUCUUAUGACAAUAGUCAUUUUCAAUAUCCUAUUUGGACAAUGUUAAAAUUCAUAUUGAACAACAUGCCACAUUUUCUUCAUAUAUUAUUUGUUGGUGCAUAUGGUUACGAUAGAGUCCAGGGAGCCGGUACUCCUAUUAGAGACCUUGAAUCACUUGGUAUUGAAUUUUUAAAUUUCGAUGCAAAAGAAUCAUUGCACAGUACCAGAACAUGUUACAUUUCAUCUAGCAACUUUUAUCGCGAUUUUCAAUCAAUGACUAGAUCAUAUACAGACCUUGGCUCUUUAGAUGCCACAGAUAUGGAAUUUAUUCAAGUCUUGGUAGUAAAUAUGGUAAAUGAAAAUAGCGCCAAUUUCGAUGUGGAAAUGUCAACACCAAAAGAUAGAGCAUCGCUUAUCAAAGCAGUCAAGAAUGUCAUAUUAGUCGUUAGAGAUGAUAGAAUUGACAUUUUUAAAGAAGACGGAACGGACAGGGACAAAUACGAGGUCCAAUUUAGCUCCCCUGUUUGCAAAACCUACUAUAUUAUGCAGUGUUUGGAGUCUCCAAAAGAAUUAAGAACAAUUGAUGGGUUUCUCAACGAAUCUGCCUGGUACAUGGAGUUUUACUAUUCUGCCUCAUCUUUUAUGAGUUGUUUUGUUCUCCCUUCGUAUGGAAAGGGUAAGAUAGCUGGUUGCGUGGAUUUAUUUGUAAAUGGAAAGUAUCAAUGGGCCAUAGAAUUCACAUCUGAGGGUGAAAAUGUCAAAAGACACAGAGAUAGGUUUUUGGCACCAGAAAAAAACCCAAAGUACAAGGACCAAGGUGCCUACUACAAUGUUGGUCUUGAUUGGGUUGUAGUUGACUUUAGACACCCCAAGAAAUCACUCCAAGUAUCUUCUAUGCACGACCAUGUUUGGUAUAUCUUCUAUUCAGAUGAUUACCAAACCUAUACAGUCUUGCACAAGGAAUCAACAUGUUCUAAAUAUUGUUAA